AGGACUUCUCUCGUUCCAAAGCCCAUCCUAACGUUUCAAAAUGUUCCCUGUGCGUCCACAUUAACUGGGAGUUGAUGCCCUGCACAAGAGCAUGGAGCACGUGUCAGUGAAGUUUGAGUACGAGUACACAGCGAAAGAUGGUCGCCGAGUGUCCAUAAAGCCAAACGAAAGUUACAUCCUGGUCUCCAAGACUAAUGAUCACUGGUGGCACGUUCGCAAAGACCAGCACACCAAGCCCUUUUAUAUUCCUGCACAGUAUGUGGAGGAGCUCUCGGCCACCGGUGGAGACCAUCUUCGUCCUAAUAAGCUGAAUUCAGCUCAGGGUCUGACUGUUAGUAAGCCAGUGGAUAUGACCAACGUAAAGCCACGUAAAGGGACAACAAAGAGUCGUCCAUCAUCUCAGGAUGUUCCAAAAGAGACCUACCGCUUCUCCACUUUUGGUUUCGGUGACGACUUACCAGAGGUGAAGACAGAUGUACAGACUAACAGCACCUUUGUACACACUCUGAAUAAUGUAAAAACGCACAACUCGGCACCUCCAAAGGCUGAAAGCACCCAAGUGUAUGCAACACCUCAUCUGGUGCCAAAGGUCAUAAAAGAAAAAAAAGAGUCAAAAAUCUCACUGCAGGAUGAUACUGCAGAGCAGACCUCUGCACAUGAUGAGGAUAUGGAUUUCCCUUUGCCCCCACCACCCACAUAUGACACCAUACCAGAGCUAAUCGUCACAGAAUUUGACACUUUUCCCGAGCCUCCGCCUCCUCUAGUUUCACUCGACACGCAUCCCCCAGAGAGGCAAAGUGUCAAACAAACUGCAGAAAAAAAUUCCAUGCAAGUACCUCCUACGGAGCAGGUGCAGGAUGAAAAUCUCCGGUCAGCAGUGUACGUCAAUGUAGCAGAGCUCCGGAAAAGCAUCUCAGAGUCUCCUCCGUCGGCUCCUUCGUCCUACUCUCCUUCCUACCUUAACCCAGAGGGAUGGGAGGUGCACGUUGACGACGAAAGUGGACAGGAGUAUUACUACCACCCCAACACGGGGCGCACAACCUGGGACAGCCCUUUUGUAGACCCCUCCACAGACCCCGAACCACUCCCUGCAGAGGAGCCUUAUUCCCCCUCACCUCCUCAAUCUCCUGUCCUUUCUCUGUCCACCGCCUCCCCACCGGCGUGGACCUCAGACUGGGAGCAGUUAGUGGAUGAGACCAGUGGUCGCCCGUACUUCUACAACCCAAUGUCUGGGGAAACAUCUUGGGAGCCCCCUGAGCAUCCUCAGAGCCCCUACCCGCCUCUGAUGGAGCCUAUGAGUGUGCACAGGUUUCAUGAGGAUGAGCGGCCUCCUUUACCGGAGGAGGACUACCCCUCGGAGGAUUACCCGCCUGCAGAUCCACCAGAGGGCUAUGAGGACCAUGCCACAGGACCUCCAGCCCCGAUCCCAAAAGACUACAGCUUCAGUCAUGUGACCCGGCCCGUAAUCCCCAGGGCCAACCUGGACCGCAAGACCCCGGCUGGUUGGAACCUCACUGUGGAGAAAGAUGGGACGUGGGUGUUCACCAGUGAAAACUCUCCAGAUCAGUGGAUCAAGUCUUUGGAUGAGCAGGGGCAGACCUACUACUAUCUAAGAGAUGGCUCCAGGUCUCUGUGGAACCUGCCCGAGGCCCCUGUAGCUUAUGGCCAGUUGAGGGUGGAGAAUGGCGUUGAGGCGGAUGGUAUGUCUGUCAUCAAAAACUGGAGACACACCGUGGGACCUGCUCAGUUCAGCUCUGCCCAGGAAGAUGGGAGAUUCGCCCCGACUCACAGGAGGAACACGUCAGACUACAGCUCCAGUGACAGCUCCAGUACAGGAAACUCUCCUGAGACGCAGCAAAAUGUGCAGAACUUGGAGAAAGCUGGAAUUCUUAAUAAAACAAAAGUGUCUGAGAAUGGAAGGAAAGUAAGGAAAAACUGGGCCCCAACGUGGACUGUUCUCCAUGGAGGGGUGCUGACGUUCCACAAGGACCCAAAAUCUGCAUCAUCAGGGGCCGCGAACAAAACCAAUCACAUUGUCCCGGAGGUUGCGGUGGAUCUGCGCGGAGCAACAAUUGGCUGGGCCACAAAGGACAAAUCGAGCAAAAAGAAUGUUUUAGAGUUAAAAGGAAAGAAUGGUGUGGAGUUUCUGUUGCAAUAUGACACCGAAAGCAUCAUCACUGACUGGCAUAAAGUCUUAGUGGACACCAUAAGGCAACUUGAGUACCAGGAACAUCAUUCUGAGGAGGAGGAUGCAGACAUUUAUGAAAAGAUCCCCAACACAGAUGAGAAGGUGGGAGGUGCCGUAGACAAGAGAAAAUCAAGGGGAAGUGUUACAAGUACAGCUGCAACCACCACUGCAGCAGAAACAGAGCAGAAGAAGGUCCGAACCAAACUGAUGAAGUUCCUCAUGAAGCGUCCCACGUUGCAGACGGUCAAAGAAAAAGGCUACAUCAGAGAAAAUGUCUUUGGUUGUGACCUUGCGACAUUGUGCGCACAUGAAAAGACUACAGUACCGAGUUUUGUAGAGAAAUGUAUUAAUGCAGUGGAAAGGCGAGGUCUGGAUAUUGAUGGACUCUACAGAGUCAGUGGGAACCUCGCUGUCAUUCAGAAACUGCGCUUCAAGGCCGAUCACGAUGAACUGGACCUCGAGGACGGUCAGUGGGAAGAUGUUCACGUCAUCACUGGAGCGCUGAAGUUAUUUUUCCGGGAGCUUUCUGAGCCGCUUUUCCCAUACAGCCACUUUAAUAAGUUCAUCUCAGCCAUCAGAAUUGGUGAUUUCAACACAAAACGGGAUCACAUGUAUGACUUGAUCCAGUCACUUCCUGCUCCAAACCACAACACCAUGAAGCUUCUAUUCGGGCAUUUACACAGGGUUAUUGAAUAUGGGCAGGAUAAUCGUAUGACUGUACAGAAUGUGGCAAUUGUGUUCGGCCCAACGCUGCUUCGGCCGGAGAUGGAGUCGGGGAAUAUCGCGAUGCACAUGGUCUUCCAGAACCAGAUAGUGGAGUUCGUCCUGAACGAAUACAACUAUCUCUUCCAAUAAACAGUAACAAACCUCCAGUGCAGACCUGGGCCAACAUGUAAAUGUGGUCAAAUUGUUUAAAGAGAUAGAUUUACCUUUGCAUUUGCACAUCAGCAGCUUCAGUGUGCGAUCUGGAAAGUUAAACUCCUUCUGUAAAAUAUGUGAAAGGGGUCUUCAAGUUUAUUCAGACUAGGAAAGGGAUCUUCACGUGCUCAUCGCUGAGGAUAUUUGAAGCAUGUUUAACCACUGUUUUAUCUGGAUUUUCUCUGUCGUGUGCAGCU